AUGGCGUCGGCCGCUCCGUCCGCCCUGCCGCCGCUGCGCGUCUCGUCGUCCACUGCGUCCAAUAUGCACGUGACGGCCUCCGACAUCAGCCUCUACAGUCGCUCAGACGAAGAAGGAGCGAACGCCGACGAAGAGAACGCUGCGCCGCACGAGGACGAGCGCCUCGCGGCUCGAGCGCUCGCGAGCGAACAAGAGACCGGCGACGAAGGCGCGACACUGGGCCAAGAGCUGCUCGAGGCGCUGCGUCUGGGCACGAGCAACUUUCUGCUGGCGUACAACACGCGCGCGGGCAUUGCGACGCUGCUCCGACUGCUGAAGUUGCUGCAGCGGCGCGAGUGGAGGGCCGCGACGGACCUGCGGCAGCUACUGGACGAGCGACAGGUCCGGUUUCGCGUCGACGCGGUGCAGCUCGGACUCUUUGUCGGCUGGUUCACAGGUGGCUACAGAGCCGUUCGCGCGCUACUUCUCGUGGCUCUGCGACGGUCGAGGGCCCGGCCGACGCAGCAGCUCGAAGAGGAGGAGAAAGCGGUGGAAGGACUGGCAGCACUCGGGUCUGGUGCUGUGGCAGCUCUGGCGUUGGGUUUCGUAGACGCAAAGCGACGACGGUCGAUGGCGCUGUAUGCGCUGACGAGGGCACUGCAGUGUGGCUACAACACGGCCAAGCGACGGCAGCGCUGGCACUUUUGGGGAAGUGACUGGCCAUACGGUGACGCACUGCUGUUUGCGCUCUCGAGCGCACAGGUCAUGUACGCGUACGUGAUGCGGCCGACGACACUGCCGUCAGCUUACUUUUGGUUUAUCCAGCGCACGGGGCCAGUGGAGAUGGAGACACUGGAGUUGGCACAGCAGGUGAAUCGAGGAAUUCCGGUCCGUGCCGCGACGCUGCAGAAACUGUUGGAUCGAAAACCAGGCAUUUCCAGGGACUUUCCUUUGCCGACACAGAUCGUUCCGUGCCGACUUGUGCAUUCGAAUGCCGACUCGUGUGUCGUGGGCGCACUGCUGUGCUACAAACGCGUUCUGCUAAAGACGUUCCCGCUCUACCUGUCACUCUUCAUCGUGCCAGGUGUGGUGAUCCACUUCAAGCGCUUUUUGCGUGCUCCGUUUCGGACGCUUGCCCGCUCGACGCUGAACGCGACGCGAUCCAAUUGCUUCCUCGCGUCCUUUGUGACGCUCUAUUUGUCCCUUGUGUGCGUCCAUCGUCGCGUCGCCAGUAAGGAUCACCGCUUCGUGUAUUAUUUGGCCGGACUGCUGGCUUCAACGACGAUUCUGCUGGAACCCAAAAGCCGGCGCUCUGAGCUCGCGCUGUACGUAUUGCCACGCGCUCUUGACAGUCUGGCGAUGAUCUUGCGCGACCGCGGAAUCUGCACAGGUUUCAAGCACGGGGAAGUGGCGCUCUUUUCGGUCUCGAUGUCGGUGAUAAUGUACUGCUACGAGCACGAGAGCGAGUCGAUGAGCCCCUUUUUGUACAAUACGAUGAGACGUUUCAUGCAGACCUCGACUGACAAGAAGCGGUUGUAUGUGGCAUCGCUCGAGAAGAAGGAAAGACGUCUAUCGCAGGCAGUAGCGCAGACUUUGAUGGCUUCUGAAUCUGCUUAA